UGCACGAGGUAGUCGUUUUGAUGCGAUGUGAGUGAGAGUAUGUUAGAAGCGUACAGCGCGGGAAUCCCCGUUCUGGCUGGGUGUGAUUGGCCGACGUCUCUUUGCCCGUGCGUCGAUUUCUGUCAUGAUCUGUGGUCUUCAUGUGCGCGCUCUUUCUCUCAUGUCGACUUGGCGCGAAACUGCGUUCUUUGGGAAGGUUGCUAAUCACAUGGGCAACAGUAAUUAGCAUAGCUAUCAUAUUUAGUCGUGUGAUGAUGCUUUCGUACCGCCUAGGAAUAGUAAAGUGCAUGCUCUAGCCGCGUGUCUUGCGUGUCAGCGAUAAUACAAAUUUCUUUCAAUGAGUGAAAUGGGACGAGGCAAGAAGGCCGGAGAGGAGGCAAAGCCUAUUUGGGAUCCGAAUGUUGUUAGGCAAGGGAUUUUGAAACGAUGGAAGAAGAAAAAAGGCCGAUUCUUCCUGUUGUGGCAAAAAUCUGAAAAAGGAGAAGCUCGUAUUGAGCUAUAUGAAGACAAGAAUAAGGUUGAUAAACCUUCUAAAGUCUUCUUCCUAAGGGAUAUCUUUCGUGUGUCAAUCAAGCCUGCAACAAAGGAAGAAUUUCCAUUCAGUAUUCACAUGAACGAUGAAAUCUUGCAAGGCAGUUGUUCGUCUGAAGAAGAGGCACAACAGUGGGUAAUGGAUUUGAUCACUACACGUCCACAUGGAGCUGACAGAAGUGAAGUGGAGCCACUUGGUCAUGUGAUGAUAUGGCGUGUUACUGUACUGCAUAAAGGCAUUAGCAACAUUUUCAACUUCCAACGCAACACAUUUAUUUUUGUACUUGACGAAUACUCAGUUGGGCUGAUUAAUCCCGAUGAUCACUCUGACUGUUGGCAUUGGCAAAUGAAAAAUAUUCGCAAUUGUGGCCAUGAAGGCAACUGCUUUGUAUUUGAAUGUGGCCGUAGCUCAUUCUGUGGUGAAGGUCAUCUUUACCUGCAAAUGUAUUCUAGUAAGCUGGCCAAAGAUGCUCAUCACACGGUGUUGGAACAAAUGCGUCAUUCUAUUCCUGAUUCUACAACUGAAAAGAUGCUUGCAGAUCGUUGUUUGGAGCAAACAAGAAGGUUGAAUUCAACAGGUAGACGUCCCCGUAGAUUGUCUGAACCACUUCAACCAAUUAGGACGUUAUCUCCUCCUCCAGCAUCCUCUAGGAGCCGUUCAGUGGGCAAAAUUCCAAGUAAUAGCAUUAAUAUCAAGCAAUCCUCAAAAGGCGCUCAUUGUCUCCCUCCCACUCAGUCAGAUGAUGAUUCAUAUAUGGAGAUGCAGAUGCCUUCACAAGCAGCAAUACGUGAACGAAAUAAAUUUUCUAGAAGCAUUUCACGCGAGGCAGAAGCUUGUAGCUCUUCACUGGAGCAACUUGUCAGUCCAAGUCCACAUAGUCGGUCUAUUCCAGGUUCACAUAUGAGACUCGCACAGUCAGCUCACACAAUUCGUGUUCAUAAUUCAUGUUCAAUACAAACACAUUCAAGCCCCUCACAAAAUGAUCAAUCUGGGUAUGAUGUGCAAGCAACAGCACAUCAGCUCAAGAGGCCAAAUGUCUUUCUUCAGCGUCAACAAAGCAGUGAUUUAUGCACCAUAGAAGACGAGGAACCACAGGAUUACUGUCAGUUGUCACCUCAGCCGACGUCUCCGACCUUUUCACCAAGUCUAUCUCCCCUUUCAGCAUCUCCACAGCUUACCAGUCUUGAUAUGAACAGUCGGUGUUCCUCAUGUCCAUCAGAUUCACCAAAACAUGUUGCAAGUGUACAAGAACUCCGGAAGCAGAAGAUCGAAAGGCAUGUAUAUGAACAAGUCAAUGAAAUUGCUGAUUCUGGAGUAUUUUGCAUAUCAAGGGAGUCACAAAGUUGUGCUUAUUCUGCAGAUGAACCGUACCAAGAGAUGAACCUGCAAGCAUCUCGUUUAAGUGCAAUGUCUUUUGAAGAAAAGGGAUCUUCACCACAUGGAGUCAACACACCAAGAUCACAACCCGUUCCUGUCAUGGCAUCAGGACAUAGCCACAAUCUCCAGAGUGAGUAUGAAGUGAUGUCACCUCAAGGCAAGCAAAAUGACCCGAAGCUGUAUGAAGACAUGAAUCCUGUCAGACAGGAUUUCCAGCAUCAGCGACCCUACGUCAACCACCAGUUAUAUCAGAACCAUCAGAUCCCUCAUCGCCCCCAGCUACGGUGUGCUGCAGGAAAUUCUGUAGAUGAUCCUGUAAAAUAUGAAUCAUGUUACAUUUCAAGAUCAGCAUCCUCGUCACCUCCUAAAGUACAUUAGCAUGUACAGUGGCGUGUUAGCCUGCCUAGCUGUCUGUUUUUAAAGAGUUUAUGAUAUGAGCUCUAAGCCACAGUUCAUACUGGUGGCUUGUAAGUAGACAAGCCCGCUGUUGUCAUCAUCAACUAGAAAAGUUGACGGCUCAGAAUGUGCAACAUUUUGAACUCGAUAGCUUGUGGGUAGAUUUCAAUAGAUUUGUAAUGAAAUUUCAA